AUGCCUGGAUAUGCCCCGACGAGCCGAGAUGAUUCCCCAGACGAGGAGGAGGUCUUGGGGGCUUCGGAGGAGUUUGAUGCCCUCUAUCCAGUGACCGCUCCUCUCGCUACCGGGCCCGAAUACGACCAGUGGUUUGCACAGCUGCCUUCCAUAGGCUCGGCAAACCACUUUAACGGCACCUGCGAUCGCUGCUGCUUCCAUCCCAAGGGGCGCUGCAUGAACGGCUACAACUGUCAGCACUGCCACUUCGACCACGAGAAGCGCAAGCGCAAGGGCAAGAAGCGCACGGAAAGGGCGGAGCCCGGCUCGGAGAUGGGCUCCAUUCCUCCAACCCCCCAGGGCCCCCACGAGACUUUCUAUGCCCCAGCCCUUCCGGUGCCUUCAGGCUUCCAUGACCCAGGCAUGGAGAUACCGUUGCCUGUGCCAGCUUACAGUUCCUGGUAUCCCGAGGAGGCACCAGUCCCAGAGGCCCUCUACCCUGGCAUAAGUCCAGACCCUAGGUGCAUACAUCCUCGGGAUGAGUAUGUCUUCAAGCUCGAGGAAGAGAAUCGCUUCCUCCGUGCCAUGAUCGAACAUCACCUCGGGCCUACGACUGCGGCCUCCCUGCCCCCAUCCAUAGUGGCUCCCAAAGCCGAAGUGGCCCCCGUGGAGUGUCCGCCCGGGCUAGGGCUCGAGGUUCUCCCCGAGCCGCAGCUUGCCGCUCCAACCUCCUUGUCCGCCGGAGCUGCGCCCUUCUGCCCCGGCGUGGGCCUCACCUCCUGGUCCGAGCCCAACGCCCCGGUGCCCGCAG